AUGAAAGCGUCUAUAACAGCAGCCAUUCUUUUCUUCGUCCUGGGCGUCUCCAUUGGACGUAGCCGCUUUUCUAGUUCCGAAGUUUAUGAUGAUGCUGACGAUGUUACAGUUCCCGGUAAGUUCACUGACUGCGAAGUUACUUACCACUCAUUAAUCCAGGUCUUUAAUUGUGUGUGUGUGUGUGUAUUUCUGUACAUAGCGAGCCUUUAAUUUGCGCCUAACUCAAGAAAAUUAAUUGCAUCAUCUACAUAUUUUUGAAGCCAGGAUACUUUAAGCAAAAUAAAAGAAAUUGUUAUAUUCCUAGACUUUGACUCAACUAAACAGGGACAGCCGUUGGUUGAUUGUUGGUCACAUGGCCUUGACUAAAAUCAAAUGUAUCCCGAUCGUGAUACAUUACAGCACGUGAUCAAAGCAUGGUGGAAAGUGGAGUGACAGAAGGCAGGAAAAACACUGCCAGUUUUCUUUUUCGUAAAUGAACAAACAACACAAACAUGAAGCCUCAAGCUAAAAAGGAACGAUUUUCAAAGUUAUCCCAGAACUAGGGAAACAGCAGCUAGUGGAGGAAAAAGAUGCCGAUAAUAUGGUUUUGAGAAUCAAAUUUGUGUUCUUAUAAGUACCGAGUCGACCGUUUUGAUUCGUUCCGCUUAAGCGUAUUCUUUUGUUUCUGUUGAAGUACGUUAAAGUUAAAGGCUAGGAAUAUCACAAAAAACUUAAUGUCAGGUCCCUCGGGAAACCAGUUACUUUUGUUUUUCCUCGAGUCCUGUUUCCUUCGGGAUCUGACAACAUUAAGUGUAUAAUGUUGAUAUAUUUCCGUUCAUGUCAAGUGAACCAACCCCUCACUGAAAACUUUACCAAGUCGUUUUCGGACAUUUUAUUUAUUUUCAUCGUUCCCAAAUCUCUUCAUAUACCAUUAGAAAUUUUGGGGAGAAAGCUUACUGGAACAGAAUAUCAUGUCACUGCAGAAAAAGAAAAGCCAUCAUAAGGAAAUUCUGGAGUAAGCAGAAAACCUCCGGCGCCGACCUGUUGAAAAAAGCUCAUUUUAUAGGCAACCUCUAGGACCUAAGGUGCAUCUAGAAUAUUCUAUCUCAAAGCUGUGUCGUUCUGUGGCAAUGAUAUCAAUAACAUAUGUUAAAUUUUCUGCAUAUUAAUGGUGAAAAGUAGUGAACAGAGUCCAUACGUCUAAGCUGUUGCAAUUCCACAAAAGCAUUAGUAGUUCCCGGUGUUGUGGUCUUGCCUUUCUGGUCUGGGUGAGUUGGGUGGGGCCCUUUCCCUCUGGGCAGCUUUGUCCAGUAGAAUAGAGAAAACGAAAACGGGUAUGGAUAUUUGUAAUUAUGGUCAAAAAAUGGGGGUGUCUUCCCUUCUAAAGUUUGAAACAGGGUAUGGAUUUUUAUAAUCUUGAUCAGAAAAUGUUCAAGUUUCAUUCUGUGGCCUGAAAAUGGGGUAGGGACUGUUACAAUUUUAUUUAAAAAUGGUAAUGUUUAGUUGUAUGGCCUGAAACAGCGGAUGCAUUUCUACAAUUUUCAUCAGAAAAUUUCGUCCUAUGGUCUCAAAUAUUGUAUAGGUUAUAUCAAAUUUGCUCAUGAAGCGGGUCCUUGGGAGUCCCAAAUUAACAAUACUGUUCCAUAACUUCCUGCCCCUUUCCUUAAGAAUCUUCUGAACCAGUGUAACUAUUUAAUAUAUCCAAAUCUAAGCGUUCUUGACUGCAUCCUAUAAAUCUGGCUGAGUUAUUUAGUUUGUGAGGCUACUCCUCAAACCCUUACACAAUAUAUAAGGAGGGCAUGAUUAAGGUGUUAAAAAAUAAAGCUGAUCCUGCAUGCUACAACCAUUCGCUACACACACUCUUAGGAGAUGCAUGCGUUUUAAAGGCCUUCCCAAUGAGGUCAUCAAAUUGCAUAUCCUAAUUUGCGGGAUUGUCCUGGAUGGCUCCUCCGAGGAGCUUCAAAUGUAAGCUACUAAGGAUAGCUCGUGUUUCAAAACAGUUUUGGCCCUCAGAUAUCUCUUUCUGAGUAUGUCAAGCUAUUCUGGGAAAGAAAAGAUUCAACAGUAGCUUAUGUCUGUGAUUAUGAAUACUCAUUUUACAGAGAAACGUAUUUUCUGGUGGUGGCAUCGUCCUGCUCGUCCAAGCACUCACAACACUUGGAAUGGUGGCAAUAAUAAUGGUGGUAACGUCAACAACAAUCAGAAUACCGGUGGCAACGGUGGAAGCAACUCUUGGACUGGCGGGAACGGAAAUGGUGGAUCUGUAUCCAAUAAUCAACAAGGCGAUGUUGCAAGU